AUGAAUGGAAAACAAAUCCAUUUCCAUUUCCUGUCACCAAAUACAGGCGCGACUGGCUUGUCAACAAAUCAAAAAGCAGUUGCUGCCGCCAGAAGCGAAGCUCGAUCUCAUGCCGCCAAAGUGUCGUACCCCUCGGAGCAUCGAAUACAGCGAAGCUCAACCAGCAGCAAAGUCGACGAUGGGAGGAUCACUCCUGACCAGUCCCAGGUAGGAUCCGAAAGUAGCCAGGUUGAUGAACGAAGCGAUCGCUCUUUCUCAGUGAGUGCCACAAACCUAGACAGUCUUGUCAGCGAUGGGUUCAAAGGACGCAACCUCAAACAGACGGGCCCUACCAUGGAUUGGAAGUUCAAACAAUAUGUGAAGAAAGACCGGCCAAAAAAAAAGGUCCCAAGAAAAAGCCUACCAUCGCCCACCACAGUACCAAAGACUAUCACUAGGAGUACUCUGGAUCCAUUUGUUCGUCCGGCAGUCGAGCUGUCGGUGCCGGACAAAUAUUUACUUCACUUAUACCUGUCAACUGUUCCCGACCAACUUUACGGAGCGAGCUCAGGAGAAGCUUCCGAGAUCAUUCGCUCAAGCAGCCUUCGUGUCCUCGCAGACAAUGCCAUCGUUCUCAGUUGGAUGUUACUGAUCAUUGAAUCCCAGGUCGUCAGCUUUCAGCCAACCAAACAUGAUAGACAAUUAUCUAUCCUUGUCCGAAAAACCGAAGCAUACAAGCUGAUGAAGGAGAGCCUCAAUAGUGAGCCCCGCCCUUCGCUGGAUGUUGCUUUCAAUGCCGCGAUGGCAGCCGGUGCCGAGUUUCGGAUGGAAAAUCUCCCGGCAGCAGAGCAGCACGUCAGAGCAGUUAAAAAGAUUCUUUCGUUGCACGGCGGAGCAAAAGCGGUCAGAGACAUAACUGAACCGUUCGGGCUCAUGGUAGUUCAGAUCCUUGUCGAUCAAGGGAUCCCGGGUCUUUUUUAUAGCUGUGAAGCCGAAUUUCGAGUCAAGUUCAAAUCAAUCGUGAAACGACUUCACAAGUACCAGGUUUGGAACUAUUCUCUGCGAGCUGAGAGUGGUCCUCCAUCACCCAUGAGCGUUCGGAGUUGUCUAACGUCUUCAUCUGACGAAGAUGAGCGAAGUUCUCCGAAUCUCGAGAGUCGAGUAUGUGCAUUCAGCAAAGACUCUGCUCUGGGAAAAUAUGUUGCUCUCCCUUCGACCGAACUGGAUGAGCCAACUUGUAGGUUCAUGCUUAGCGUCCUCUACGCUUUGAACACUGCAUUCUGGGACUUCCGAAACAGCCCCAACGCGAGUAAUGAAUACCUACAGGAAAUUAAAACGUCCGCCGAAUUGACGAACACAGCCAACUUCCUUCUUCGAGCUGGUCACUUUAGGCUACCCUCGUUACUCAUGCUUACUAUGCUUGCACAUAAGACCGCCACCAGAGAAGCUCGUACUGCAUCUACGAGCGUAGUCUUCCACGACGAAGAGGUGUUCGAGUUUGUGAACCUUGUUAUGAUGGGCGGUCCAGCAAUUCGUAUCAGGGUGUUGAAGGCGUUGCUAUCAUGGCUGACUACUGCCGUGUCGGGGGUGAACGAUCUGAUCCUGCUAAAUGAUGCUGACUUCGAGGUUUUGGAACAACAGGCAGAAGAUACUUGGGUGGCAGACCAAGCUCGUCGUCUAGUCAAUAUGCAGUUGGCUCGACAGCAAACAGUCAUGGGCGAGUUUUAA